AUGGUUCUUCUAACCAUGACGCAGUCCAUCGUGGACUGCCUCGCGCGCAUAGAUUAUCAGGCCAUGAACCCUGACGAAUCGAGCGAUCCUUCCCUCGUCAAUCCCGCCAUCGGCAACCCAAUACUACAUAGCCAAAUACUACGACUCUCGAAAUCCCAGAAAGCUUUCCGCUUAGAGGAGCUGCUACGAGGGUCGCAGAUCUACGUCACGCCGCCAGCGCCGAAGCCUGCAAAGUCACCCGAGUAUAUUGCCCUCAUGGCCAAGCUUCGCCGAGAUGAGGAUGCUCGCGCCUACCAACGAAUGAUCAACCCUCCCAUCCCGCUCGAGACUUUUAAAGAUCGUUUCCCCAACUCGGCUCGAUCCUUUGCUGCUGCAAACAAACCCACGAGCGAUGCGGACAUCGGCGACGAUGAUGUCACAUACAACGAAAUACAUAGGCAGGUCAUGCUACUGAUUAACUUCCUCGUCAGCAUCGCCGGUGUAGCUGCAACGCUCUGGAUUCUCGGUCGAUGGUGGAGUCUCCCAGCCCGUCUGCUCCUUACCAUGGCUGGCAGUAUACUCGUCGCUAUCGCCGAAGUGGCCGUUUACGGUGGCUACGUGUGGCGCAUGGGCGAGGCGAAGCGCAAGGAAGACAUCCGACCUGAGCGGAAAGAGGUCGUGCAGACCUGGAUUCUACUACCCGCGAUUCUAACGCCUCGCAGAACUAAGCCAGGUGUACGGCCACUGUCACGAAAACGUGACAAGCCUCUGCGUACAUAUGGCAAGCGAUCAACGGCGACGCCUGAGCCUCGAUCUGAACCCCCAGCAAAGAGGGCCCGAACUGCAUGCACCGUCCUCGAUGACAAGAACAUCAAGCCACUCGGCUUCAUUGUUCACGAAGAUUAUGUGCCCACAAACCUCUCCGUUUUUAAAGCAAAGCCACAACCUACCGCUGAGCAGGGCCAAGGGAAGCAGCCGCUGUCCAAGCCUGAACUGAAUCCUCCUGCGAAGCGAUCGAUUCUCAACUACUUCAGACCCACGACCCAUCUCAUACCUAUAGAGCCCACAAAGGCCAACACUCUUCCAGGCGCAGGUUGUGUCGAGGAGAAGACAGAUCGGCCAGUAGCGCAGCCCAAGAGUCGGCUGCUGCGGAUUCGGUUGAAUCAGUCUAUUCACCGUGACGACGAGACUGGUCAAGAACGAGAUCACAGCCGCAUGUCUGAGAAAGACGAGCCAAAAGACGUAAUGAAAGGAAUACCACAACCACGAUCCAAACGAAGGCUGGGUGGCGGUGGCGGCUCAGCAGGUUCCGGCUGCAGACGUGUUAGGCGGAAGCCAUCAUCUACAGAAGUGCAAACGACGCUCAAUAUUUCGAGCAAGGCUGCCUUUUCCGAGUGCACAAUUUGCGAUACAGUUUGGAAUCCUUUAUACCCCGACGACGUCAAAUAUCACACCAAACGGCACGCUGCACACCUAAAAAUGAAGAAGAAACGAGAGGAUGAUUUUUAG